CAUAAAUAUGAGUAUGCAACUGAAAAGGAUUAAUCAGAAACUUCCAUAAACUAUCAGAUGGCAUUACAUGGUCUGAUGCUCUUGGCCUCUCUUCUCGUUCUUCUUUCAUGCUUAACAGAAACCGCUUAUGGAGGCAUUCUAUUAUCUUCUCUGCCCAACACUCUUGAUGUCUCUGCUUCGCCUCACAAACCAGACCAGGUUAAUACACCCGGAGUGUUGUUAAAUUUUGUUGGAAACAUAAUAGCCGGAGAAGAUAAACUCGGCGUCGUAUGGUCUCUGAACAAUAGUUUCCCAGUUGGUACCGAAGCGGCCUAUAAGACGGUCAACAUCAAGCUUUGCUACGCGCCGGUAAGUCAAGUGGGCAAGCCGGAGAGGAAGACGGAGGACGACCUCGACAAGGACAAGACAUGCCAGAUAGAGUUCUAUACUGGACCUUACAACGCCUCUGUCAAGUGGCGGUACUACGAGUCGACUUUGGAUCGCCACGUGCCUCACGCCUCGUACUUCGUACGCGCCUACGUGAACGACUCUGCUGGUGUUCUGGUGGCUUAUGGUCAAAGCAGCGAACCGAACGGGAACGAGAACUACACUGUUAAUAUAUUUGUGGUUAGCGGAAGCCACAAGAGGCCUAAGAUGGUGUCGAUUUGGUUCAGUGUCUUCGUUUUGCUCUUCUUUGUUGCUUAGAAGAUAAGACAUCAGAAUAAAGGAAAAGUCAGCUCUGCCUGAUUUUUUUUCUAUCAGAUAUUGCCUGUGUGUUUGAUAUGGAUAUUUUCUUUCUAUCAGAUAUUGAUAUAAAUAUUGCAACA